UACAACCACGAGUGCCUAGGUGUGCUACUGUUUGCUGUUAGACUGAAUGUUAUAGCUGUCGUGACACUUCGAGGAAACUUAUUUGUUUUUAAACUUCUGUUCCGGCUACCUUAAGCAGCCUUUAUGCUGAUACCAUUAAUGUUACAACAGAUCACAGUUAUACAGAUUGACGUACUUUUUAACAAAAACGGUGUCAAAGGAUUUACUGAUUUCACUCAUAGAGGCUGGUGAUUCUCAUAUUUAUUGAAUUCCACCCGUCACGCUGUCUUCCAUGAUUGAUCCAUGAGUUAUCGUCUAGAAGCUUAUGAAGCAAAUGACUGAAAACUGGUGCGAUAAACUUUGUAAUUUUCUGGGAAGAUAUUAAAAUAAUAUAAGCGGACAUAGUUUGUGAUUUAAGGACCGAGCGGACGGACUGAGGACGGACAGUAUGGAGACGUUGCUGAAAAACGAGAUGGUGCGGACGAAGAUUCGCGGGCUCUCCGCGCCUGUUAAGAAGGCGUUUAUCGAGAGCCUGCUGGACCUGUACGAGCAGGAGACCGAGGACACGAUAGAUCUGAUAGAGGAGAGCCGGAUGGAGCUCCGAGGAGACUUCAUGUCAUUCGAGGACGAGUCCGCCAACCUCAGGGCAGAGUCUCGCAUGCUCGAGGAGCGUCGAGCAGACUACGGCAAAGAGUGUGUGGACAACUACAUGAAGAACCGGACCGAGUCUCAGAUCUCCUUCGUCAAUGAGCAGGAAAACAGCCGAGCCGUGAGCGCUUACAUUACGAAGCGUGGGAAACGGCGGCCCCAGCUAGCGGAUGACUACAGGCGAAGCCAUAGCACGGACCCUGGAGACAAAAAGCGACCUGUCAGCACCAUGACAACCAGAAGUCUACCAUCACCCGCUGCGUUACGAACAGUGGAAGAGGAGAAAGAUGAGGUGAUGAAGAAUUUGUCGUCUGCUAACCGCCAGAACGAGGCAGAACGCAUACGUCAGCUGGAGCUCGUGCGGGAAAGGCGGGAAAAGAGGCGCCAACAGAAACAGACGACAGAGGAAAAGGCGCUGGAACUGCUGGAGAAAGCCGUCGCCAUGGAUAAAAUGUUGGCUGUGAAGAAGCAAGAACAGGACCAGAAGCUGAAAGAACGAUUGGAGGAGGCGAGGCGAAAACGAGCAGAGUCGCGCGUAGGUAACUAUGAUGACAUGGGAGGUGAACCGAGACGAGAAGACAAAGACAAAAGAGACGAGCAUUCUGAUAGUAAAAUAGAUAAGAAAGAUGAGCCUAUGAGUGAAAGGAAAAGCGAAAGUAAGGGUGAUAGAAAGGAGGAAAGAAGUGACAAAAGUGACAGAAAAGAUAAAAGUGAAAGAAGUGACAGAAAAGAUAAAAGUGAAAAAAGUGACAGAAAAGAUAAAAGUGAUAGAAAAGACGAUCGUAGAAGUGAUAAAAGUGAACAAAAGAAAGAAAGGAACGGCGAAGAACGUAAAGGGGACAGAAGUGAUGAAAAACGGCGUGAAAGGAGAAGCGAAAACCGAGAUAAGGAAAGAAAAUACGACAACGGUGAACGGCGGGAUAAAGACAAGAAAAAAGAGAAGAAACAAAGAUCAGAACGGAAGGAAUCAUCUGAUAAGAAAGACGCUGACAAGAAGUCUCAAUCACAAAAAGCAGACGACUACGAUUUUGCAAAUUAUUGAAUGCCAAGUUUGAAAAUCCAAUAAGGAAAGCCUUUUAUUGUAUUUCCAUUUCUAGCCAUGCAUUUUACUUCAACUAAAAAGUAAAAUAUUCAAUUUCGGCAUCGAACUUAAUAGCUGCACCACAUUUCGAGAUAUCUGUUUAACCAAUAUUUGUAUGUAUUUGUUUUUAUUUUGUAUCUAAAGGGAUAUUUCUACACACAUCUGUAAUGUUAAAAAUUCCGGCAUUUUCCUUGAUAUAAAAUUCUAAUUUUAUUUCACUACAGUACUCAUUUUUUGUAUGAAACAGUUCGAACCAUAGAUCACGUAUAAUCCAGAAAUGGUGAUAAAAUGUUAUAUAUUUUCCUAUAUAUUUCAUAUAAUAACCAUUUUUGUUUUAAAACAUUUCCUAAAGAGCUAUUUAUAUAAUUAGAAAAUGAAUCAUAACAAACAAUCAAAACAAAAUACAGUGGGGAAAGCUUCGGCUUCUAAAGACAUAUACGUCGUGUCCUUUUCACGAUGAGUUAUUGUACAUACGACUUCAUAUUUAAUUUUGGCAUAUUUUCUCAGGAGCAUAUAAUGAAUUAUUUUUGCAGUUUAUAUCUAAUAUUCUCCUUUGAACCUGAUGUACUUCAUGGUUACAGCAUAAUUCUCACUUUAUAAAACUUAUGCAUUCUCACAUUAUAUAUGUUCUUGCUGUAACAAAAAAUAAACUGCAAAACAAAUACAUUAUUUCAACAAUUAUAUUUAGUUAAUAGAAACAUGAAUAUUAGCUGGAUAGUUUUUUAUUACAAAAUGCAAUACGAUCCUCUUCUAUUAGUAUUUAUAAAACUUGCUCUAAUAUUGCCUCUUCUGUGUUACUUGAAUGGCAGCAUGCUACAGUAAGGGCUAAAAAGUGUUAAGGCAAGGAUAAUUCAAUUCAGGACCCUGAAGAGUAUGAAGCAAAACCGGUAGGCAAAUAAAAUGGGAUACACCAUGUGGUGUCGUUUAUUUUUAUUUAUAAUUUUCUUGACCCGGCACACAUUCACCGUUUGAUAAAUAUAUUACAACGUUAUAUCUGAUUGACCUCAUGUUGAUAAUCAAUGGAAAGAAAUCGAACUUGAAACUGAGUUCUAAGUUCGGCACAUGUGCAGUUGUCAUUCUGGAGAAUGUUUGUCAAAUGAAGAGUAUUCUUUUCAGACACAAUUAAAAGGGAUAAUGUUGCUUGUUUUAAUAUGUCUAUAUUUUAUCAACCAGUAUUACUCUUUAAUCGUUUCAUAGAAAUAUGAAAUUUGUUAUUAGUUGUGGUUUUCCUAUAUUUAUAAAUGU